CUUCUCCCUCAGCACCAUUCAUACAAGUACUUUUUGAAGGUUCAGUUCGAACGACCACUCAAUCACCUUCACAAUGGAUCAGGCAAAGUUGGCUCGGAUGCAGGCUAGCGUGCGGAUUGGAGGCAAGGGUACUCCCCGCCGCAAGGUCAAGAAGGUCCACAAGUCCUCCGGGGCCGAUGACAAGAAGCUCCAGGCCACCCUGAAGAAGAUGAACGUCCAGCCCAUCCAGGCCAUCGAGGAGGUCAACAUGUUCAAGGAGGACGGCAACGUCAUCCACUUCGGUGCCCCCAAGGUCCACGCCUCCGUCCCCUCCAACACCUUCGCCCUCUACGGUAACGGCGAGGAGAAGGAGCUCACCGAGCUCGUCCCCGGUAUCCUGAACCAGCUCGGCCCCGACAGCCUGGCCUCCCUCCGCAAGCUCGCCGAGAGCUACCAGAACAUGCAGAAGGCCCAGGGCGCCGAGGGCAAGAAGGACGAUGAGGAGGAUGACAUCCCCGACCUCGUCGAGGGCGAGAACUUCGAGAGCAACGUCGAGUAAAAUUUGAGAUCCUAAUAUAACGAAUAUUACUUCUGUUGUUUAUUUUUGUCAACGGUGUGCGUGCGUGUGGGUGGGUGGUGUGUGUGGGUUGGUGUCUGGCGAAGGCACCUCCGCUCCCGACUCUACGUGUGUGUCCCCGUGAAAGGGCGAUCUGCAUCUUACCAGUACUACUACUACCCCCUCUUCAAGAAGCUGGAGUUUCUUUUUGUUUGCGGGAUUUUCGAGAUCUUUUUCUUCAUCAUCUCGAGAAAUCUAGGUUGAGGUCCUGACUUGUUCGAGGUUAAAUAUUACCGUUCAAACCGAGAAUAAAAGGCUGCGUCUGUGGGAUGUAGUGAGAAUGCU